GGAAAUUUUCUCGUUUCUUUCGUUUAUACAAAUAAAAAUGGUUGAUAACAAGGCAAGUGAUAGAGCACGCGCUGCUACUAUUAUCAAGGAACUUGGCAAGAAUUUGCAUGAUUUCACAGAAAUCCUUCUCAAGCUUGCCACUGAGACUGCCCAGGGCACAAGUACUCAAACUUCUGUGAAGACUGAAGAACAUACUGAACCAAAGAAAAAAAAGGAAAAGGAUCCCAAUGCUCCUAAGCGUAACCUCUCUAGCUACAUGCUCUAUUCCCAAGAAGUUCGUCCUAGCAUCGUUGCCAAACACCCUGACCUUAAGGCUGUUGAUAUUGCCAAGCUUAUUGGUGAAAUGUGGAACGGUUUGAGUGAUAAGGAAAAGCAACCUUAUGUUAAGAGCGCUGAAAAAGAAAAGGCUCGUUUUGACAAGGAAAACGAAAAAUACAAGGCUUCUUUGAGUGGUCAAUCUUCUACUCCUGCUCCUGCCGCUGACACUGCUUCUAGUAAGCGUAAGGCUGACGUACCUGAAAAGGCCGAAACUGAAAAGUCCAAAAAAUCUGAGAAGAAAAAGAAGAAGUCUGAAUCCAAGGAAGAAGCUACUGAGUCAAGUCCCAAGAAGAAAGCUAAGAAGAACAAAUAAGCCUUUGAAACUAAUAAAUAAUUCUGUUUUUCCCCUUA